GCUGGGCUCGGGGCGCCUCCUGGGCGCGCGCCCUGGGCUGCCCGGCCGCCGCGGCCCCGCGCGCCCGGCAUGUCGGUGCACUACACCCUCAACCUGCGCGUCUUCUGGCCGCUGGUGACCGGCCUGUGCACCGCCCUCGUGUGCCUCUACCAUGUCCUGCGGGGAAGCGCGGGCGCCCCGGCCGAGCCCCCCGACGGCGCGGACAGCGGCUUCCCGCUGCUCAAAGUGGCCAUCCUGCUCCUGCUCGGCUACGUCCUCCUGCGCUGUCGCCACUUGGUGCGGCAGCGCUUCCUGCCCGGCUCUUCUCGCCUGGCGGGCCGCUCGCCUUUCUCUCCUAGACACUUGCGAGAGCCCGGCCUGAGCAUCCUGCUGGAGAGUUACUACGAGCACGAGGUGCGCCUGUCCCCGCAUGUGCUGGGCCACAGCAAGGCGCACGUGAGCCGGAUCGUGGGCGAGCUGGUGAGGGCUGGCCGUGCGCGGGGCUCCCCGGGUCCCAUCCCUGGAGGAGCGCUGGCCUURGCCUUCCGCGGAGACUUCAUCCAGGUGGGCAGCUCCUACGAGCAGCAUAAAAUCCGCCGCCCCGACAGCUUCGACGUGCUGGUGCCCCUGCGCCUCCCUCCACCGGUGGCGCUGGAGCCGCGGAGCCUGGGCACGGAGCCCGCGCUGGCCCCUGCCUUCGGCAGCUGCUUCGUGUGCGCCCUCAAGGCGCCGCCCUCGCUGUCGGGGACCUCCGGGGGCCAGUGGCUUCGGGACUGCAAACCCUUCGCGGACGSCUUCUGCGUGGAUGUGCGCGGGCGGCGCCAUCUCUCCGCCGCGUUGGUGCUGCGUUGGUUCCAGUCGCACCUGCAGCGCUCCCUGGCUACGGUGCGCUACAGCUUGGAGGGGCGCUGUCGGGUCAGCCUGACCCCCGGCGGCCUGGAGCAGCCUCCCACCCUCCACAUCCUGCCCUGCCGCACCGACUACGGUUGCUGCCGCCUUUCCAUGGCUGUGCGUCUCAUCCCCGCCGUCCAUCUGGGCGACGGUGUCUUCCUUGUGGCACCGCCACCGCCACCUUCACCCGUCGGGCCCCUGUUGGAGCUCCCAGGAGGCCUGCGCACUGAGGCACUAUGGGGUGUGAACACAGCUCGUCAGGAGCAGAARCUCCUGGGCUGGCUGCAGGAACGGGCCCCUCCAGGUGCCUGCUACCUCAAGUGCCUGCAGUUGCUUAAGGCUCUGCGAGACCUGGGUGCCCGAGGGCUGGACCCGGUGGCUGCCACCCAGUGGGGACGCAUYCUGUCGUCAUAUGUGCUCAAGACGGUGCUGCUGACGGUGCUGCUGCGCGAUGGGGUCCCCGCACACGGCUGGGAGGAGGCGCACCUGAGCGAGUGCUUGGAAGAGUUGGUGCAGUUCCUUCGGGGCUGUCUGCUGAGACAGCACACGCUCUUCCACUGUGUCCUGGGCCCCGGCGGGGCGGCCACCGAAGUGGGCCCGCUGCCCAAGGUACUGCGUGAAGCCGCCCCGGUUGACCUUCUGGCCGCCUUCGACCCACACGCCCGCGAACUCACAGCGGCGAGGUUGCUGUCCACGUGGCGAAGGCUGCCGCAGCUUCUCCAGGCCUACGGGGGUCCCCGCUACCUUGCCAGGUGCCCCCCACCCAGGAGUCAGCGCACACAGGUKUUCCCUGAAGAUGAACCCUGAACCUUGACAGCACUUGCACCUGACCAAAUGCUCCUAAAACCUUUCCCUUCGGGUGACUGUAGGGAUGAAGCCAAAGGCAAGAUGACUGUGUUGGACAAUUUGGAGGAUGCCACAGGCUUUGGUGGCUUAGAUGUCACCCCUGGCCCCACAACCGAAUAUAGUUACUGCAUCUUCUUAACAUCCGCAGGAGGGUUCUGAACAAACUGGCAUAAUGCCCAGCUGCAGCUGUUGAGAUUUGGCCACAAGGGUGAUCUGUGUGGAAUCUUGUAGAAAGAUCUGUUCCCAGGGAAAUCCAAAAGAGAAAGCAAAAACUAGCUUCAAARCAAGUUCCCUCAGUUGGCUUCUAGACACAGACCUCAGUGCACCCAGAUUUUUUAAAAUUAACAAAUGUUUAUGACAGACCUAUUUGCUAGGAACUAGRUUCCCAACUGAAUKUUUUWAAAAAGAAAAAGAAAAAGGAAGAAAACUCUCUGAAUCUUUAGGGACAACUGAAGUUCUAGUGCAGAAUUUAGUAUUCUGUUUCUUUAUUCAAAUUAAUAUCAAUGUAUUUUAUGGUGCAAUCACAGAURUUUGAUAGGACGGUCAAUGAUUGAGUCUUCCAUGUGGCAAGGCCGUCAAGAGUUGGUUAGAGGCAUUUCCAGAGCAAGUAGCACUUUAUGCUGAUCACUUUUCUUGUUUUGUGGUGGGAGCACCAAGCCUUGCCUUUGAAAGGAAGGCCGGUUACUUUUAUUAUGAAGACCUGUGCAGCUUUGACAAGCAGCCAGGAGUUGCUUCACAUGCCCCCAGGCUACGAGCUGCACUGGGUACCAGUCAGUCAACACCAGUUUGUUGAGCUCCUACUGUGAGCCAGCACAAGGCAGAGCAGCAACAAAAUACAAUAAUUGACACUGGUGCAGGCAUAAAACGUGUUGGAUCUUGAGAAAGAGACUGUUCGGUCUUUUGCCUAUAAAGAUGGCUGGCCAGCCUUUGCUUCUGGCUGAACAGAGAACCCUUUUGGGUUUUAAGGCUUUUGAAGCAAACUCCUCCACAAGGGUGUCUUUCUGAGUAGCUAGAGGCUGAAAGUUUCUUCUUGCUUGCCCGGGGAAGCCCAAAUGGUCCCAAAGGGUCAGCUUUGAGAUGGCUCUUGAUUCAGCUUGGGUUUUGCAAAACAGUCACAUACAGAUCAGUACUUUGGGAUCUGUCCUAGAGAUCAGUGACUCCCARUCCCAGGGCAGAGCCUGUAAAGAGCUGAGGAAAUAAGUUAGAAAGAGAGCAGGAGAGACAGCAGCCGUCUGCUCUUUUUUCUCUUUGGGUGCAGAUAUCACAGGGUUGGGUGAAUGGUGCAGCUAGGGAUUUGAGAGCUGGGUUUGAGAUUUUUCCUUUUUCUCCCAAAUGCAGUUCAAGGUUAGAGUGGUCUAAGAAGCACCGAUUGGAAAUGCAGCCAGUCUCAGCCUUAUAGUUGGGAUUUAAAAAAAAAAAAAAAAAAAA